AUGACCCUAGACGCCCGUUACACCGUCCGCACAACAGACAACCAUUAUCUCUACAUUCGCGCACACGGGCUCUAUCGGCCCGGUCCAGGCACGGACUAUGCAAGGCAGGUGGAAGCCAAUCCAGAAACAGUUCCACCGGGGACAGUAUCGCAGGACGACGUCGAGUUCUUCUCGCAUUUACGGAUUGAGACGGGGCCUGGGCCGUACAACUGGCUGAACGGGUUGGUAUGCCUUGGAGUAAUGACAUGCGAGAGGGAGAAAAUUUGGAUUGACGCGUACCACUUGACCAAUUUCCCGGGCGUUCGGCCGGAGGAUGUGGUGGCGCGGUGA